AUUCGGUCCAGCGUAUGUGUCAACCAAUCAACUCCCGGCCUCCGUAAGCGAUCUUUGUCCCGCCUCCUUUAUGAAUAUUCAUGAGCAAGCAGCGGGCCUAUCUGCGUCCGGCGUGUGGGAGGGGCUUGUUACUGAACAGCCGAGGGGCGCUGCUGCGUGUCUAUCGCUCCGGAACGUUGUCGCCGCGCGACUUUUCCAGAGCCGACCGCGCGCUUCUAACUUCUCGUUAAUUAGCGUUCCCCCCCCUCCCUCAUUAAUAGACCGUCAGCUCGGCGCGGGAUCUCGCCGCUGCUUCGUGUUUUUUUUGUCUUCGGUCAGCCCAGGUGACCCGCGGCGGACGCCCGCUUCGGGCGUGGACAACGGGACGGGACGGGACGGGGUAUGUCCGGACCGCCGGUAGCCAUCACGCUGGAGACCACCGCGGGGGCCCCGGGCUCCAUCCCGGUGGUCCUGAAGAAAAUCAUGGCAAUCCCGCCGCCGAACCUUCUGGAGGGCGACGACGAGACAGACAAGGAAAAGCUGUUUCUGAGUGAUGAUGUGGACCUCGGCGGAGGGGGAGGAAGUGGGAUGGGGCCGUCAGCCGCCCUGACCCCAGCGAUCUGGGAGAAGACCAUUCCCUAUGACGGUGAGAACUUCCACCUGGAGUACAUGGACCUGGAGGAGUUCCUCAUGGAGAACGGCAUCCCCACCUCCAUGGACAAGGACUCCGACAGCAGCCAGGGAGAGGACAUGAUGGAGGAGAUGGGGAAGAAGGCGAAAGAGUCUCCCGGCACACAGAAGAAAGCUGCCAAGGCCGCUGUGGUCCCCACUGUCCCAGUGACCCUGAUGCCCAUCCUGGAGCUGGACCAGUGCGAGGAGGAAGUGGUCACGCUCACCGUGGACCAGUCCGACAUCACUUCUGAUGUUGACACAGAGGUGACCACAGAAAAGGACCGGGUGACCCCAGAUCCCAUCAACCCAGAGGAAAUUGAGGUGGAUGUGAACUUCGAGCCGGACCCCACCGACCUGGUCCUGUCCAGCGUUCCUGGAGGAGAACUGUUCAACCCACGCAAGCACAAGUUCACCGAUGAGGAGCUGAAACCUCAGCCUAUGAUCAAGAAGGCCAAGAAGGUGUUUGUGCCCGAUGACCAGAAGGAUGAGAAGUACUGGCAGCGGAGGAAGAAGAACAAUGUGGCGGCCAAGCGUUCCCGUGACGCUCGGCGGUUAAAGGAGAACCAGAUCACCGUGCGGGCGGCGUUCCUCGAGCGCGAGAACACGGCCCUGCGGACGGAGGUGGCCGAUCUCCGGAAGGAGUGCGGCCGCUACAAGAACGUUGUGUCCCGCUAUGAAGACAAGUUCGGACCACUUGCGCUGCUGGAGGAACCUUAGACUAUAACUGACUUAUUCAUUCAUUUUUAGACGUCAGUGGUGAAAAUGAAUCAAUAAAUCAAAAUAGUUGGGUUGGCGAGUGAAACCGAACGGAGCGGUCAGAGGAAGAAGAGGACGAAGAGGAGAGGGUUUGCGUGCGUGCGGGCAUGAAUGUGGAUGUAGCUGUAGAUGCGAUAGCGUUUAGUUUUCAAGACGUGAUAUCUGAACUUUUUUUUAUUUCACUGGUUUUCAAGUCAUGUAGUUGACCAUCCAUCCUAUGAAUGGUAUGAAGGUGUGAAUACAUAUUUCAUAUUUUACUCCUGUUUGUACACCAUCUGCCCAGUGACAUGAUGAAGGGAAUGUGUGGCAUUGGGGGGAUUUUUGAGAUUUCUUUGGCGAUACUCGAGAUAAAGACCUCAACAUGCUGGAAUACCAGUCCCACUUAGCAUGGUCGUGUAUAUAAAAACAAAACAAAAGGGGCGUCCGGGUGGCGUAGCGGUCUAUUCCGUUGCCUGCCAACACGGGGAUCAACGGUUCGAAUCCCCGUGUUACCUCCGGCUUGGUCGGGCGUCCCUACAGACACGAUUGGCCGUGUCUGCGAGUGGGAAGCCGGAUUUGGGUAUGUGUCCUGGUCGCUGCACUAGCGCCUCCUCUGGUCGGUCGGGGCGCUAGAGGGAAUAGCGUGAUCCUCCCACGCGCUACGUCCCCCCUGGCGAAACUCCUCACUGUCAGGUGAAAAGAAGCGGCUGGUGACUCCACAUGUAUGGGAGGAGGCAUGUGGUAGUCUGCAGCCCUCCCCGGAUCAGCAGAGGGGGCGGAGCAGAGACCGGGACGGCUCGGAAGAGUUGGGGUAAUUGGUCAAGUACAAUUGGGGGGAAAAAAGGGGGGCCAAAAACUUAAGUUUGCAAUAAGGUUGCUUCCGUUACCAUUUCGGUUCAUUUCAGAGUCCUCUGAAGCUUUCUUUCCUGGUUUCGUAUGACCUGACAGGUGGAAGUUAAUCGCCGGGCUUUUGUAAGCUUACUUCAGGGGAAUAACGGUAAAUAUACUGCUCAAAAACAUAAAGGGAACACCUAAAAACACAAUAUAGACCUCGAUGAAUGAAAUAUUUCAGCUGAAAAUCUUUAUUUAUUAGACAGAGGAAUGUGUUUAGAGCAAAAUAACCUAAGAAUGAUCAAUGGAAAUCAAAAUCAUUAGCCCAUUAAGGUCUGGAUUCAGAAUCAUACUCAAAAUCAAAGUGGAAAAUGAGAACAUAGGCUGAUCCAACUUCUGUGGAAAUUCUUCAAGACGAUUCACAAUGAGGCUCAGUAGUGUGUGUGGCCUCCACGUGCCUGUAUGCACUCCCUACAACGUCUGGGCAUGCUCCUGAUGAGACGACGGAUGGUCUCCUGAGGGAUCUCCUCCCAGACCUGGAUCAGGGCAUCGGUCAACUCCUGGACAGUCUGUGGUGCGACAUCGCGUUGGCGGAUGGUACGAGACACGAUGUCCCAGAGGUGCUCGACUGGAUUCAGGUCUGGGGAACGUGCAGGCCGGUCCAUAGCAUCAAUGCCCUCGACAUACAGGAACUGCUGACACACUCUGGCCACAUGAGGACGAGCAUUGUCCUGCAUGAGCAGGAACCCAGGGCCCACUGCACCAGCAUAUGGUCUGACAAUGGGUCUGAGGAUCUCAUCCCGGUACCUAAUGGCAGUCAUGGUACCUCUGGCUAGCACGUAGAGGUCUGUGCGGCCCUCCAAGGAUAUGCCUCCCCAGACCAUCACUGACCCACCGCCAAACCGGUCAUGCUGGAGGAUGUUGCAGGCAGCAGAACGUUCUCCACAGCGUCUCCAGACUCUCUCACGUCUGUCACAUGUGUUCAGUGUGAACCUGCUCUCAUCUGUGAAGAGCACAGGGCGCCAAUGGCCAAUCUGCCAACCAAGAUGUUCUCUGGCAAAGGUCAAUCGGGCUGCACGGUGUUGGGCUGUGAGCACAGGCCCCAAUUGUGGACGUCGGGCCCUCAUACCAUCCUCAUGCGUUCUGUUUCUCACUGUUUGAGCAGAAACCUGCACAUUAGUGGCCUGUUGAAGGUCGUUUUGUAGGGCUCCGGCAGUGCUCCUCCUGUUCCUCCUUGCACAAAGGACCAGAUAGCGGUCCUGCUGCGGGGUUGUUGUCCUCCUGCGGCCCCCUCCACAUCUCCUGGUGUAUUGGCCUGUCUCCUGGUACCUCCUCCAUGCUCUGGACACUGUGCUGGGAGACACAUCAAAUCUUCUUGCCACAGCACGCAUUGAUGUGCCAUCCUGGAUGAGCUGCACUACCUGAGCAACUUCUGUAGGUUGCAGAUACCGCCUCAUGCCCCCUCUAGUGGUGAGGGCACUAGCACAAUGAAAAACUAACCAAAGAUCGGCCAGAAAAGAUGAGGACAGGCAAAUGGUCUGUGGCCACCACCUGCAAAUCCAUUCCUUUUAUAGGGGUUGUCUUGCAAAUUGUCUAAUUUCCACCUGGUGGAAAUUAGACAAUUUACCAACAGGUGAAAUUGAUUCACAAAUCAGUGUUGCUCCCUAACUGGACAGGUUGAUAUCUCGAAAGUGUGAUUGACUUGGAGCUACAUCGCAUUGCUUAUGUGUUCCCUUUAUUUUUUUGAGCAGUGUAUAAACGAGGCUCGGCGUUUUCGGUUUUUUUAUUUUUCAAAGCCAUCCGGCAUGUCGAAUUUCGCCACAAGAGGGCACUGUUACAUAACCUCGCACGAACAGGAACAACUUUGGGACCCGUGGAAACAUAAAACCCGGGCGAAAGUCAGUUUAAGAAUAUUUUUCGGUGAGAAUCGGUAAAAAAAAAAAACAACCGAAAACUGCUGAGCCUUGAAUGUGACGUUAAUAACAACGGCAACCAUGUCCACUGUAUCUUUUGUAGAACUUCUCAACAUCGGCGACGGCAACGUCGUGCGUUAUGCUCGGUCGACGUUCAUCCCCGGCGGUCGUCGUCGUCGUCGUCGUCCUCGUGCCGUGUGUGUCGCCGCGUGUCCUGUGUCAUAAGGUCAGCUUGUCGGCGGACGUCGGCGUUUGAAACGGUCCUCCGUGUAGCGGUCCACCGACCCGUGUGAGUAGCCGCCCCACUUUUAUUUUCUUGACUCGUUUCGUUACUACGCAGACGCACACACGAGAUCUCUUGUCGUAAAGAGACAAAAUGGCGGGGCCUGCCCACCCGGGCCUGACACCGUGCUCCGUGUUUCGGACUUGCUGAGCGCUUCGCUCGCCCCGACCAAAAUCCCCUCCACACCCAGCCUGUUGUUCACUCUGGUUUGACGUGCUGUAGAAAGACGUUCUCCCCAGUUUACCCAGGACCCCCCCCCCGUGACCCGCAGCCGUGCAUCUGAACUCUGACCUUCUGAGGGUCGAGCGGACACAAGUAGUUCCCUACCCUCUGAAGCUGGGGGGGGGUGGGUGUCUGUUGCAGGGUUUUACUUACUUUUUUAAGCUUCUGACAAACCAGGCAGUCCGGUCAGGUGUAGAGCGCCUUCUCUGUCGCGAACAAGAAGUGCAAACCCACAAGUGUCUUCUCCUCCUCCGGCCACGUCGAUGGCAGUUCUCAGUCUCAGUUUACAGAGCGGUGGCUUCUUCGUGCCCUUUGACCUCCUCGGUCCUCAAGAGAUAAAAUUCCAUCGUGGUUUUUUUUUUUUCUCAUUCGAGUCGGAUGACAAACGGACCUUCUGGGGUUUUCUUUCCGCUGUGCUUCCAGCUGUUAGUAAUCCAACUUUCUGCAGGUCACCGCGAGUAGUUUUUUUUUUUUACAAAACUGCCUUUAAAGCCAUAGAAGAAAGGGAGGCGUUCGCCAAAUCGCUUUGCUAUCCAGUAACUUUUUCAGGGACGGGUUUGUGUGGUGCGAAAUCUUGACGCGGUAACACGCGAGUAUGUCUUUUCCCCAAACGGAGGGCGAAGAAGUCGGUUUCCCACGUCAGAACCUCUAUAAGCUAACGUGCAGUCUUUGCAACUGGUUUUUCCUUCUUCUUCUUCUUUUUUGUUUCUUUCUUCAAACUGAAGAGACCCAACACCUCGUGGUGGUGAAACGGCCAAGAGUGCAUCUGCAGGGUUGGUCGGUGUGGUUUCUCGUCUCUCGUUCUAGGAAGCGAUUGUUCCAGCGGAAUGUCGGUGGCACGGGAUCCCAAAUCCAAUUUAGUACGGAGAACAUCGCUCGUCUUGCUCCAUACGAUACACGGCAUCUGUUGUCGUUGUCUCUGAGCAAGUGAACCCGACUGGCCCUCCUCCCUCCGCCUUCAGUAAAUUGAGCUUCCUGACAAGGUUGUGGCCAUUUUUGAGCAAAACUUCUCUAGUUGCAUUUACCUUUUUUUUUUUUUUUAAAUAGUGAAGUAGUGGUUAACUUUGAGGAACCCGUUUUUAAACUUAAUUGUUCUGUCUUUGUAUUCUUCUGUACACAUUUGAAUAGUUUGGCAUUGUGUGGCUACUUUUUGUGUUCUGACUUGUAUAUAUUAAAGCAAUGUUGAAAAUGA